AUGAAGGCGACGGCAGCAUCAAUAUUUGCUUAUGUCUCCCGCUGUGGCACAAAUUGGUCAGUGUGGUCACAACCCGCUGAACGUUGUGGGAUAGAUACAACCCACAACUUGCAGGUUUAUCGGUUCUAUAUGCGGCAAGCACUGUCAUUUACUUUUGACUUCUCGAGCCUUCCUAAGGGUCUAGGUGGACGAACAUCGUUGGUUAACCGACAAGGCCGAAAUUACAUGGAUUUCAUGGGGUCAUGGGUUAAAUCUAGGACAAUGCUAACGAUCCUCCAUGUGCCACAUGGCAAACUUAUCGAUUUCUACGGGCAUCACUCCAGCAUCAAUGAUUAUCCGACCACAGCUGGGGAAGGUCGUGGACAAACUAAACUCGAUACCUGA